AUGAUGCAGCAUCAGUAUUGGGUUACGAAAAAGACUGUCCAAAAAAAAUUUGGUUCAAAAGAAGAUGAAUGUAUUGUUUCUUCUGAUGCCGAGCUCGACGCGAAGUUGGAAUUGUUUCAAUCAAUAUCUGAAAGUUGUUUGCAGUUACAGCGAUAUUUGGACCAGUAUCAAGAACGAUUGUGUAUUUUAGCCCAAGAGGAAAAUUCUUUGGGAAAAUUUCUACGAGACGCUGGUAAAAACACAGAUGCAUCGGGUAAACAUAUGGUAUCUGCUGGUAAAGCGAUAUCUUAUUCGGGGCAGCAACGCGUAUCAGUGAGACCGCCAUUAUUAAGGCUUUAUCACGAAGUGGAAACGUUUAGAUGUCGUGCUGUUAAAGAUAUGCGUGCAACUGUGUCAGCGAUGGAAAAAGCGCGUAUUGAAUAUCGUGCUGCUCUUAGCUGGAUGAAGUCUGCAAGUACCCAAUUAGAUCCGGAUACCGGCCGCGGUCUUGACAAUUUUCGGAAAGCCCAGGGCCAGGUCCGCGAAAGUAAGAAAAUGUUUGAUAAGCUGACUCUUGAUGUUUUACAAAAGAUUGAUUUAUUAGCAGCAGCUAGAUGUAACAUGUUUUCACAUGUAUUGUCCAACUACCAAAGUUCAUUCAUGACUUUCUCCACCAAAGUUGCCCAAACACUCCAAGCCACUAUCGACACUAUGAGUGAAGCCCCACAAUAUGAGUUCUGUAUUUUAAAAAGUCUAGGACAAGCGGAUUCCAACCAGGAAGAAAAUGGUGUUCCUGAUAAAGAUCAAAUGUUAUUCUUCCAGGAUGAGUACAAAGAUGAUGCUCAAGAAAAUUCUAAGCCUGAAUCUAACAAUACUGAUGCUAACCAACCAUCCAACAAUACAAAAGAAGAACCAUCAACAUCAGGCAAUUUAAUUAAUACUGAAAUUGAAAAUAAUGAUAUAAAUGAAGAUCUGGCCGGAUUAAAUCUUAACUGUGGAGAUCUACCAGCUAACUUUGGAUCAUUUAUGCCCUCCCAACUAUUACAGAGUUUAAAUACGAAUCUACUGGAGGGUUCAUUGGCACCAAUUCAUGCGAACAAUCAAAUAAAACCAUCCGAGCAAUCACAAACACCAGCGAAACCCCUUUCAGCAAAGGAAAGUAAAAUGGCCUGGUUUAAACUUUUUGCUGAACUUGAUCCCUUGGCCAAUCCAGACAAUAUACCAGGCUCAAAUACAAACCAGAGUCAUGCAGCUUAA